AGAGAGACAACGGGAACGAGAGAUCGAGAGCGUGAGAGAACGGAACGAGAGAUCGAGACCCGAGAGAGACAACGCCGAGUCCGAGAGAACGGUAACGAGACCGAGAAAGAGACAACGGGAAGAGAGAUCGAGAGCGUGAGAGAACGGGAACGAGAUCGAGACCGAGAAAGAGACAACGGGAACGAGAGAGAUCGAGAGCAAGCGAGACCGAGAUCGAGAGCCCACGCCGCGCCCGGGCUGUCACUGCGAAGUACUGUCAUCCGUCUUGGCGCGGUGCUCUGCCAGAGAAAGAAAGAAAGAAAGAAAGAAAGAAAGAAAGAAAGA